GAACAGGUGAAGGAGGCGCCGGUCAACUCUCUGCUUCCUGAAAAGACACCGAGAAACCGCAGAAAUGGCUAAGUUCUUCACACCAGUACAAAUCAAUGAAUUCAAGGAGUGCUUCUCCUUGUACGAUAAGAAGCAUAAGGGCAAGAUCGAUGCCAAAGAUCUCAUCACAGUUAUGCGCUGCCUCGGCACAAGUCCCACGUUCAGUGAAAUCGAAAGGCACCUGCAAGUUCACAAAAUUGAAAAGUCCGGUGAGCUGGACUUCUCUUCCUUCCUGACAAUGAUGCACAGGCAGAUACAACAGGAAGACCCCAAGUCAGAAAUCCUGGAGGCCUUGAGGAUGACAGACAAGCAGAAGAAAGGAUACAUCCAGGCGUCUGAGCUGCGGGCCAAGCUCACCAAGCUGGGGGAGAAACUCACGGACAAAGAAGUGGACGAGCUCUUCAAAGAAGCAAACGUCCAGUCGAACGGGACAGUGAAUUAUGAAGAGUUCACCAAGAUGGUGACGCUGCCUCCUGUUGAUUAUUGAUUUCUCCAAAGAAAAACACAAGGCAUGAUGGGAAACUGAGUUCACACGCUGACAGAGGGAAAGACGACACACCGGAUUCAAUCUCCGUGUUUAGAACAGCAGAUUUGAGCCUGACAAUAAUCUUCAUUAUGUUUUUUUGCCUCAUGAAUAUUCACUGAUUAUUUAAUUAAAUGCAGAAUCUCCUUCCUGUAACCAUUUUCCAUCGGUUUCCUCGAUGACUCAUCUCUUCGUGAAGCACUGCCGUUGUUCUGCAACCUGAGGAAAACAUGAUCUGAACUCUUAAUCUUUGAUGGAAUCAAGUUUUGAAACCAUUACGUUCUCAGUUAGUCCUUUAUCAAGUCUGACAGUCCAACUAAACUCAAUGAUUUGAAUUUAAUCUAGUUUGAUGCUUUGUAUAUUUACUUGAAAACACUUGUGUGUGCUACCUUUAGUGUCAUGAUGUAGUUUUUGUCACAAACAUGUGUUUAAAGACUUAAUUCAUGUAUUCUUAAGGACCAAGACUAUAAAUGUAUGUUUUCACAAGUGUUAUUUAAUCGUAUUUAAUACAGAAUAUAAAUAUCUAUAUGUAACUACAUUUUAUUGAUUAAUAAACAAAUAACAGUUGCUCCAAAACUUGUAAGAGUUGUGUUAUCUCAUUAAAGCUUGUAGUUGACCGAGUGAUUCCAUGAUGUGUUCAAACACUAAUAACUAUAUUAUUACUGAUUCUAGAAACACAGAUACUCCCUGAGCAGGUCAUGAAACCUGUGUGAUCUCAGCACUCAGCAUUAUGCCCCGAUUCAGUCAUAAUGUUCAAAAGCCGCAAAAAUGAUUCAUCUAGUUUCUGCUUUUUCCCUGCAAUGAUGAAAUGUUUGCUCACAACAAAACCAAAGUAUAUAUCCAUCAUUUCCACAAACUCCGCUCUACUAUGUGCAGCAUAGACACACUGAACAUACCGGAUGUGACUGCUGGUGUCAUCCUACUUUCCCCCUUUAACUCUCUGAACAGACAAUACUCAUCUUUGGGAUCAUGGAAAAUAUUUACUAGGCUACGACCUGCUGCUGGAUAAUGAAUGAAAUCGUCACAUUUGACUUUUAGAAUAUGGUUUGCAAAGGGAACUUAAUGUGAAUGAAUCUUAAAACCAAGUAGAAAGAAAUUAAAGAAAAGCAACGGCCUCAACUGGAAACACCAAAAACAUUAUGAUCAACUUAUUACUAUUCAAAUCUGCCAGUGACAGUUAUCAAUCAAUAAUCAGUGACUGAAACUGAGAGAUGAUCUCAAGAAGCUCACGUUGGAAAAACACAUUUUAACUCUUCAUUUGAAAUAACUCUCCUGUAAUUGACUCCACACACCUUAUUUAGAAGCCUGGCAACAGUAACCAGAGACACACACGUCAUCACUACCUGAAUCCUGGAUGUAAUUCUGAGAUAACCAGUGAAGGAAGCAUGUGAACAUGAUUCAAUUACCUGUUUCCAUCACCUGCAAAUCUACAAUUUAAAACAAAUAUAUAUAAGAAAACACAAAUUUUUCUUCCAAGUUAUAUCCAUUUACACGUAUGCAUUAUAUGUGUAGACAAG